GAAAGUUUAUAAACAUGGUUAUAUGUUUCUUAUUGGAUCUAGGGCUUUUGGCGCAAUGAGCCAGUGCGGCAUUUGCAGUGGCGCGGUCUCCAAGUACAAAUGCCCGGGCUGCCUGGUGCCCUACUGCUCGCUGCAGUGCUUCAAGGAUCACAAGGCAGCGCCCUGCACGAAGGUAGCGGCGGCGGAGGAGGAGGAGCAAGCCCAGCUCGUGCAGCCGCCGCGGGAUUUCGAGAAUGGGGAUGAAUCGCAGGUGGCAACCAGGCUCCGGAGGCAGCAGCUCGAGGCGGUGGCGGCGUCGGAGGAGAUCCGCGCCAUGCUCAGGAACGAGGAGCUCCAGGCGAUCGUGAGCAAGAUCGAUGCGUCGGCCACUGCGGAGAAAGAUCUCGACACCGCCAUGAAUCUGCCGGAUUUCAAGGGUUUCGCUGACAAGAUCCUCGAGGUUAUUGCCUCUUUCAGGUAGAUCAUGCCCUCCACGAGCAUCUUAGAGAUCUAGAAUCGAGUCUUCUCUCUUUC